UAUCCUUUAGAAAUUUUUUUUUUGCAUGUUUAUCUUUUGGUCAACCUUCAAAAUAAGAGUUACUUUUCAAACUAUAAAGGAGUGACUUCAUUUAUUUAUUUAUUUAUUUAUUUUAGUCAUUCACUGGAUUUACAGUACAAGGAAGAGUUCUGUCUUUGAACCAAACUGGCGCAAACUACAGACUACAGCCACAAAAUGGAAACAUCUCCAGGCUAUGAUUAUAACACUUAUGAUCCAAUGGGUGAUGGGGGAUUGUGUCACAAAGAAUUCGUGGCCAAAAUUGGAUCCAUCCUUGUCCCGUUAUUCUUCAGCAUCGUGGUCUUGCUCAGUCUCAUUGGUAACAUUUUGGUUCUUGUGAUUCUUGGACUAUAUGAAAAUCUCAAAUCAUUGACGAACAUCUUCAUACUCAACUUGGCUCUGUCGGACCUGCUGUUCACUAUCGGAUUGCCGUUCUGGGCUUGUUACUACAUCUGGGGUUGGACUCUCGGAGACGUUGCAUGCAAAGCUGUCAACUUCAUCUUCUACGCUGGGUUUUACAGCAGCAUCAUGUUCCUGGUGCUGAUGACCAUUCAGCGCUACAUGGCUGUAGUGCACCCUCUCUCGGACUGGGAAAGAGGACAGGGUUUUGCGCUUAUCCCCAUUGUUGCUUGGGUUGUGAGCAUCGCAGCAGCAUUGCCUGCCCCAAUCUACAGCACAGUCCAGGCUGACCCGGAAAGCUCCCUAAAGCUUUAUUGCGAGCAUACUUCCACUGUUGCGUAUUUUGCCAUUACAUACGAACAGAACUGCUUUUUUGUUUUUGCCUUUUUGGUCAUGGGGUUUUGUUACAUAAGAAUCCUGCUGACCAUCUUCAAGACAAGAACGAACAAGAGACACCGAACUAUCAGACUCAUCUUCUGUAUCGUAGUCGUGUUCUUUCUUGGUUGGGCUCCUUAUAACCUGGUGAUUUUUCUGCACACCUUGACUCAUCAUCAGAUUAAGUUUUUCAUUGACUGUGACGUCACACAUUAUCUUGACUACACCGAGUACGUCUGUAAGCUGCUGGCAUUUUCACACUGCUGCCUUAAUCCUGUGUUUUAUGUUUUCGUUGGCGUCAAAUUCAGGAAUCAUCUCAAAGGGAUUCUGCAGAAGGUUUUUCAAAUCCCUCCACAUAUGCACAUACAACAAACACGAACUGGCACCAUUGUGUCUCACGGCUCCAUGUGCUCAAACAGCAACAAUUACAAAGGCAAUUGUACAGCUGUCUGAUUCAAUGGAAAUGUGUGUAAAUGAUGUAAAUGAUUUUGAUUUAUCCAGUGCUUAUAUAAGUGGAGGUUAAAGCUUUUUUUUUUAUAAAGAUGUAACAUAUACUGUACUUUUUAACAUUUCUGUAUGAAAAGUUGAUGUUGAGUUUUUUUCUUUUGCUAAAUGCAAAUUUGAGAUUUUACUUGAUCCAGAACAACAAUUAAUUGAUUUUCAGAAAACACUGGUUCCUGAUAUAGCUUUGAGUGUACAUUUCCAUUGUGUGUAUCUAAAUGACUGUGUUGUUAUUAGAGAACUCAGACUUCCCAUUUGAUUAGCAAAUGAAUGGAUAUGGAUUCUUUUCAAAAGUGAUUCGAAGUCGAGUCUAUACUGAUCCCACAUCCUACAUGAUUAUUCAUGAAACUAAACUGCUUCGCAUUUUGUUGCAUUAAACUAAAUUUUGACUGUUUUCACCACUACAUUAUUUGCGAAUAGACAUUUUGAACAGGAAAACAUAAAAUCACAUGUUUAUCCUUUCAAGGAAACAUUUAGUACCAGCUGUUAUUAGCGGCGCGGUAUUUACCUGAGCACUUUUUACCAACACCUCCUCUAUCCGACAGAAGGUUAAACCACGUGAUGGCACAUUUGUUGAUGUCUUCAUUAGUAAUUUGGAAGGGAACAGGGUUCUUUCUGACUAUACUUUACAUGUAUACAUUAUACGUGAAUGAAAGAGAGAACUGUACUCUAUAUUUGUGCAGAAGGAUUGCAUGUAGCUGUAGGCAUAGGUGUGAAACAAAUUUGGUGUUUUUUUGCAUAUAUUUUAGUUUGUUGAAAUGUUAAAGUUCUAAAGCACUUUGGGCUAAUGUCAGUCAAGUUGAGUUUUCGUCUGUAAAUAAAUUUGAAUUAAUUACUAA